AUGGCCACAAAGAAGCCAACUAAAAUGGAUGCUUAUGAAUACAUAGAUACUGUGAGGGAUCGUUUUGAAGAUAAUCGUGAAAUAUAUGAUACAUUUCUUAAGGUCUUGAAGGACUUCCAUCAUGACAGAAUUGGUCCUAAUGAUGUCAAAUCAAAGGUGAUCGAACUCUUUAAGGGGCACCAAAACCUGCUUUUGGGUUUCAAUAAAUUCAUCGGGAGAAAUCAAACUCGACCAAGAAAGUCUGAGUUCCCCGUUGCUCUUGCUUUUGUCCGCAAGGUUAAAGUAACCACAGUCACCCAUGGCAAGGUUACAAGAUGA